AGAAAACACAGAUGUUUGAAUGUUUCCUACACCGAAAUACAUGGUUUUUCCCUCGUUUAUGUAGAAGAACUUUGCAAGAAAAAUCUGGUGUUAUUUCCUUCAUGCCCAGCUGCUCUGAGAUACAACUAUUUUUAAGAAACUUGGUAUCGAUGGGAAGGUCUUCUUUAGAAGAAGGUGGAGUAGAAGGACCCUAAACUCAUCUCGUCUCAAGAGCACACCCAAAUCACAACAAUCCACAAAACAACCAUCAUUGGAAAAAACCGAAACCUACCAGAAAAGAUCCUCUACGACUAAAGACAUAAAGAACCACAAUAAGACUGGUAGGAGGGGAGGACUAGUGAUAUAAUCACCCAGGUAUCAGAAUGGCAGCACAACUUAACUUACCAGAUAAUACAGAUGAAUGGACAAAAGAGGAUGUAAAUCGGUGGUUAGAAAGUCAUAAAAUUGACCAAAAACACAGGGAAAUUUUGACCGCACAAGAUGUGAAUGGCGCAAACUUGAAGUACUUAACUAAAGAUCACCUUGUUACUAUGGGCAUAACAUUUGGACCAGCUAUCCAAAUAGAACAUCUCUUCAAAGAGUUCCUGGAAACAUCCUCUGGAGAUCCUUUUCAGACAAGUAAGAGGGGGAAAGGCAGUAAAAAUGUUCCUAAAAAACAGGAGAAAAAUGGAGAAACUUCAAAGCAAAAACAAAAGGAGAAAGAGAAAUCAGACAUGGUUAAUGACUGUACAAUAAGCACAGUUACUAAAGGUUCUAAGUCACUAAAAAAUGAGUUCAUGAACGAUGAAAUAGAUGACACGAAGGAAGAGCAGCCAUCCGUAGAACUGACAUGUGUAUCGUACCCUUUUGAUGAAUUCAGUGAUCCAUAUCGUUACAAAUUAAAUUUUAAUCUACAGCCUGAAACAGGACCACUCAAUCUCAUUGAUCCAAUACAUGAAUUCAAAAGCUUCACGAAUACAGAAACAGCCACAGAAGAGGAUGUUAAGAUGAAAUUUAGCAAUGAAGUUUUCCGGUUUGCUUCAGCUUGUAUGAAUUCACGUACCAAUGGCACCAUUCAUUUUGGAGUCAAGGACAAACCCCAUGGAAAAAUUGUUGGUGUGGAAGUCACCACUGUCACCAAGGAAGCCCUCAUUGACCACUUCAAUCUGAUGAUCCACCAAUAUUUUGAAGACCAUCAGGUCCAAAAAGCAAAGAGUUGCAUUCGAGAGCCAAGAUUUGUAGAAGUUUUAAUGCCAAAUAGUACUCCAUCUGACAGAUUUGUUAUUGAAGUGGAUGUUGUUCCAAAAUAUUCUGAAUGUGAACAUGAUUAUUUCCAGAUUAAAAUGCAAAAUUACAGCAAGAAGACAUGGACACAAAGUCCAAAAUUCUCAGUCUUUGUGCGCGAUGGGGCCAGUUCUAAGGACAUCAUGAAAAAUAAUGCAUAUUUCACAUCAUUUAAAUUAGAUUUAAAAAGACUGGCAGAAUCUAGGAAAGAAGCAGAAGAAAAAUGCAGAGUAAAAACAAAUAAAAAAGAGAGUGAGGGACCAAAGCUUGUUAAUCUGUUGACAGGAAAUCAGGAUUUGUUAGAUAAUUCCUACUAUGAAUGGUACAUUCUUGUAAUAAAUAAAUGCCAUCCAACUCAAAUAAAACACUUAGAUUUCCUAAAGGAAAUUAAAUGGUUUGCUGUGUUGGAGUUUGAUCCUGAAUCUGUGAGCAACGGUGUGGUCAGAGCUUACAAAGAAACCCGAGUAGCAAACCUUCACUUCCCAAGUUUAUAUGUGGAAGGGAAAACCACAGAUGAGAAGAUUACUAGUCUGAAUCUUUAUCAACAACUCAGCUGGAUUUUCUGCAAUGGCAGGUUAGACCUUGACAGUGAAAAAUAUAAACCCUUAGAUCCAAGUUCCUGGCAAAGAGAAAAAGCAUCUGAAGUCAGGAAACUGAUUUCAUUUCUUACACAUGAAGACAUAAUGCCAAGAGGGAAGUUUUUGGUGGUAUUUCUAUUACUCUCCCCUGUGGAUGACCCAAGAGACCCCCUCAUUGAGACCUUCUGUGCUUUCUACCAAGAUCUCAAAGGAAUGGAAAAUAUAUUGUGUAUUUGCACACAUUCACACAUAUGUCAGAGAUGGAAAGAUCUACUUGAAGCAAGAUUAACAAAACAGCAAGAUGAAUUAUCAAGCCAAUGUGUUUCUGCUUUAAAUCUUGAAGAGAUAAAUGGAACUAUUCUUAAGCUAAAAUCUGUGACUCAAUCUUCAAAGAGAUUUUUACCAUCUAUUGGUUCAUCUACUGUCCUUCUGAAAAAAGAAGAAGAUAUCAUGACUGCUCUGGAAAUUCUCUGUGAAAAUGAGUGUGAAGGUACACUCUUAGAGAAGGACCAAAAAAAAUUACUUCAACUCAAAGCAUCAAAAGAGGAAGACUUCUAUCGAGGUGGCAAAGUAUCAUGGUGGAACUUCUACUUUUCUUCUGAAAACUAUUCUUCCUCUUUUGUCAAAAGGGAUAAAUAUGAAAGACUUGAAGAAAUGAUUCAAAACUGGGCAGAUUCUUCUAAGCCAACAUGUGUCAAAAUUAUUCAUCUGUUUCAUCAUCCAGGCUGUGGUGGGACUACCUUGGCCAUGCAUAUUCUCUGGGAACUAAGGAAGAAAUUCAGAUGUGCUGUGCUGAAAAACAAGACAGUGGAUUUUUCUGAAAUUGGAGAACAAGUGACUAAUUUAAUAACCUAUGGGACAAAAAAUAAUCAGGAAUACUUACCUGUACUACUGCUUGUUGAUGAUUUUGAAGAACAAGAUAAUGUCUAUCUUCUGCGGGCCUCUAUUCAAACAGCUGUAGCUAAUAGGUAUAUUCGAUAUGAGAAGCCUCUAGUGAUCAUCCUAAAUUGCAGGAGAUCACAGAAUCCUGAAAAAAGUGCAAAGAUCUCAGACAGUAUUGCCCUAAUACAACAACUAUCUCCCAAAGAACAGAGAGCUUUUGAGCUUAAACUGAAAGAAAUUGAAGAGCAACAUAAAAACUUUAAAGAUUUUUAUUCCUUCAUGAUUAUGAAAACCAACUUUGAUAAAAAGUACAUAGAAAAUGUGGUCAGGAAUAUUCUGAAAGGACAAAACAUUUCCACCAAGGAAGCAAAGCUCUUUUCUUUUCUGGCUCUACUUAAUUCAUAUGUGCAUGAUACCACCAUUUCAUUAUCACAGUGUGAAAAGUUCUUAGGAAUCACAAACAAGAAAGCUUUCUGGGGAAUAGAAAAGCUUGAAGACAAGAUGGGCACCUACUCUACAAUUCUAAUAAAAACAGAGGUGGUGGAAUGUGGGAACUACUGUGGCGUACGCACUAUUCACCCUUUGAUUGCCAUUCGCUCACUGGAAGAAUUGAAGAUAAGCUAUGACUUAGAUAAAAGUCAAAUUAUGCUGGAUAUGCUAACAGAAAAUGUGUUCUAUGAAACUGGUAUAGGAAAAAGCAAAUUUUUAGAAGACAUGCAAACACUGCUGCUCACAAGACAGCGCAAUGAACAUGAAGGUGAAACGGGAACUUUGUUUUCCCCAUUCAUUGAAGCAUUACAUAGAGAUGAAGGGAAUGUGGCAGCUAAAAAUGUAUUACUUGAAGGUAUUCAUCGGUUCAACCCAAAUGCAUUCAUUUGCCAAGCCUUGACAAGACAUUUCUACAUUAAAGAGAAGGAUUUUAACAGUGCUCUACAUUGGGCAAAUAAAGCAAAAAAGAUAGAACCUGACAAUUCUUAUAUCUCGGAUACACUGGGUCAAGUGUACAAAAGUAAAAUUAGAUGGUGGUUAGAGGAUAAUGGAAGAAACAGGAACAUUUCAGUUGAUGAUCUAUCUGAUCUUUUGGACUUAGCAGUGCAUGCCUCAAAUGCAUUCAAAGAAUCUCAACAGCAAAGUGAGGAUAGACAGUAUGAAGCAAAGGAAAGGUUUUAUCAGAAGUCGAAAAGGCGGUAUGAUACUUACAAUAUAGCUGGGUAUCAAGGGGAGAUAGAAGUUGGGCUCUACACAAUCCAGAUUCUCCAGCUCAUUCCUUUUUUUGACAAUAAAAGUGAACUAUCUAAAAGAGAUAUGAUCAAUUUUAUAUCAGGAAGUAAUGAUAUUCCUGGAGAUCCAAGCAAUGAAUUUAAAGUAGUCCUCAAGAACUUUAUUCCUUAUCUAACCAAUUUGAAAUUUUCUUUGAAAAAGUCCUUUGAUUUUUUUGAUGAUUACUUUGUCCUUCUAAAACCCAGGAACAAUAUUAAGCAAAAUGAAGAGGCCAAAACUCGGAAAAAGGUGGCUGGAUAUUUUAAGAAGUAUGCAGAUAUAUUCGGUCCCUCAGAGGAAUCACAGAACAAAGAUCUUGGACCAAAGCUUAGUUUGCCACUUCAAGUAGAGCUGUAUCGGAAAAGCCUAGAAGUUCUAAAAGCAGACAAGUUUUCUGGGCUCUUGGAAUAUCUUAUCAAAACUCAAGAAGAUGCUAUACGCACCAUGGAAGAUAUAAUUAACAAAUAUACUUUUCUCUUUGAGCAGUGCACUGUCAGAAUCCUGCCAAGGGAAAAGCAAAAUUUCAUCUUGGCCAACAUCAUUCUCUACUGUAUUAAACCUACCUCCAAAAUAGUGAAGCCAAUUAAAAAACUGAAAGAUCAGCUUCGAGAAGUCUUGCAACAAGUAGGAAUGACUUAUCAAUUUCCAGAACCUUAUUUCCUAGCUUCCCUGUUAUUCUGGCCAGGAAACCAACAACUAGAUCAAGAUUCUAAACAAAUGGAAAAGUAUGCUUGGUCACUGGAAAAUUCUUUCAGGGGGCAAUAUAAGCAUAUGUAUCGUACAAAGCAACCAAUUGCAUAUUUCUUUCUUGGGAAAGGUAACAAUAUGAACAGACUUGUUCACAAAGGAAAAAUCGAUCAAUGUUUUAGAAAGAUAGCUGAUAUUAAUUCCUUGUGGCAGAGUGGAGAUGUAUGGAAGGAGGAAAAAGUCCGAGAACUUUUGCUUCGGUUAAAGGGAAGAGCUGAAAAUAAUUGUUUACACAUAGAAUAUGGAAUAAAUGAAAAAGUCACAAUACCCAUCACACCUGCUUUUUUGGGUCAACUUAGAAGUGGUAGAAGCAUAGAAAAAGUAUCUUUUUACCUGGGGUUUUCCUUUGGAGGCCCACUUGCUUAUGACAUUGAGGUUAUUUAAGAGUUUGAUCUUCUCCCUCCAGGAAUGUGGACACAAAAGCACUUAAUUUUUUUAAACCCAAGAUCUGUACUUUAAAUUGGCAAAUUUAUAGAUACAGCCUCUGACUUUUCAGCCCUGUACAUACAAUAUUUAUGUUUCCUCUUAAGCAUGUUGUGAGUCCCAAAUAGACUGUGGUGGAAAAGGAAGGAAUGAGAGAUGUGGAAACUAUCAAAUAUCUACCUUGGCUUGGACAACACCAUCGAGGGCAAAAUAAGGAGCUAUGGAUGGAAUUAGGAGUGGUGAAUGUAAUCAUUCAGCCACACAGAAUCCCACCACUUCCCUCAAUUAACCAACAAAGGCAUGGAUUGAGGAAGACUGUCUACUUUCUUCUUAAAUGUGAAAAUUUUUCAGAAUUGAAAAACAAUAGUUAUGGUACCAAGACAUUACAAGAUCUGGGAAACCGUUUCACAAAAACAGGUGAAAACUCUCAACAUAAACAUUUAUUCCUACCAGGCAGACCAGAAAGGUACCAUGUACUUGGCACUGAAGGGUCUUUCAAAGGAGAGGACCAACCAGUUCUCUGAAGGUCAUACCCAUAGAGGUCUGCAGAUCCUACCAAAGUAAGUAGGCUGGAGAAUUAGGCUUCCUUUUCAUGCAGUAGCAGGCAGUUGAGCAAAAAUGAAUUUUGUUUCUACAGCUGAUAAACUCAUAGACCUCCAAACAAACAAAAGUACACCAAAAUUCCAAAGCUAAUGAAUAAAAAGGACUCUUGUGAAAAGACUAAUGAGUCUCCAAUCCAGGGGAUCCCAGUGUCCUAGCAUGUAUACAUAUAACCUAUGCACAGCUAGUGAGAGGUAAUCAAAAUGUAAUUUUCCUAAUAAAAUUAUGGAUAUGGGAAAUCAUCAGUGGUUGCUAAAACUUAUAAAAAGCUGAUAAAGAACUAUAACAGAUGAAUCAAACUGUCCUAAAUCCUGAUCAAUAUUAACAUUGCUGAGAGAGGACCAGACAUCAUGGGCCUGGAAGUCCUGUAGGAGUGCACACAACACCUGUGAGACAGUCUCACCAAAUAAUUGAAACUGAAUCUGAUCAAGCCUCUGGAUCUUACUUCCAAUUUAAAGGAAAUACAGACAUUGGAUAUGCUUCAAAGUAAUUCUGUGUAUGGGGUAUGGGGAAGGUGAAAGGAGGGUAGAUGGGCAGUAUAGUUGCAACAAGAUUCGACAGGAGUUAACAAUUGCUGCAUUAUGAGGACAUGGGAGUUCAUCAGACUCCUCUCUUCUUUGGACUGUGCUUUUGAAGUUUUCUGUUAUAAAAUAUUUAUAAAAACGAAACAAGAAAUGCUAUUUGUUUUGUCUUUACAAUCCCAUUCAAAUAUUUUCACUGGAGGAGGUUUUUCCUUUGCUCCUGCAUGAAAUUUCAGCUUCAUAACUUACCAAUUCACUCUUGGCAUAAAAAAAUCCUCUGCUCAAACACAGUCUCAGUUUAGAGAUGAGAAUGUCCAGUUGCAUUGUUUUCUCUGGAGCCACUUCCCACUCUGCUCCAAGUUUCGUUCUACUCUAAAGAGAACGGUCUCUGUUGGAGUCCUCUUACCUUCCCAGGUGAUCCUUUUGAACUCAAAUUAAACCAGCUUAGGCAGAUGCUCUCUCCCCCAUGAUCUACCUGGGGUGCAUGAGAAACACUAAUGGAUGUCUGUUCUACCGUUGGUAGGGAGUGCAGCUAACGUCCAGUCUUGGGAACAACAUGCCCCAUAAAGUCAAGAGGAUGCAUCAAGCACUCCACGUGGUCCUCUUGAAGCCCCUCUCUUUCUAGGCUCAGGAUGAGGUUCUUGUGGUGGUUGGGAGAACUUUCACCAAAAGAACCUCUUCAUAAACCCUCUCUUCCUCAGUGCCAGCAGUGGGCAAACUACAGCUCGUAGACCAAAUGCAGCCUGUCUUUUACUUUUAAAUACAGUUUUAUUGGAACACAGCCACGCUCAUUUUUGUAAGUAUUGGCUUUGGCUGCUUUUGCAUUGCAACAGAGUUGAGUAGUUGCAACAGAGACCAUACAGCCCACAAACCUAAAAUAUUUACCAUCUGGCUCUUUACAGGAAAAGGUUGCCAACCCCUGCUCUAUGCUGUCAAUGCUUUUAUGUCUUUAUUGUAGGUCAAUUGUUUCUUGGACAUUUACUUUGAAAAUACACAUUUUGGUGUAUCACCUAACUUUGGUAUCUGAUUUCUAUCGUUUUAGGGCCAAAGUUAAAAUUUAACAACAUUUUUGUCUCACUGAAUCUGUUUUUCACAGAUAAAUCUGAGUAUUCUUCAGGCAGGGGCUCUGUCUGUAUGCCUUACUUGUCCACCCUCAGAAAGUCAGGGCCCCAGGCCAGCCCCAUGCUACUGCCUCUCCCUGUUUUGGACUUGGGAGGUGGCCCUGCCAGUGCAUCUCUCCCUUGCAAGAAACUCUAGACCAUCUCUGGAGAGC